UUAUACUACUAUUAAACUUUAAAGCAUCUUGAAAGUUGAGUCUUGACAGGCAAGACUUGACUUAUGAGUUAUGACUAAGGCCAUAGAUAGGGUUAAUUUUUAAACAGCUGAUUGAUAUUUCAUAAAAAAAUAUAAACAGGUAUUUAGAAGUAAGCCAUGUGCGGACUAAACUAAAACGAACAAUAGAAUAAUGUUUUUCCCAAAACAUUUAAACACAAUUAAAAGAUUAUUAACAACAGUUGCUGAAACUAUCCCUAAACCCCAUGAAAAAUUUGAUCAUGUUUUUUCUUUUCCCUCCAUGGGCUAUUUCGCUUUAUUAAAUAGAUUAAAGAUAUAUCAUGUUUUCGGUUCUUGUAUAAUUUUACCUAGUGUUGGAUUAAUGGAAUUUUUAUCCGUAAUGCCCGAACAAAGUUUCUUUGCAGGAAGUUACAUAGGUGUAACGGGCGGGAUUGUGCUCUCUGCAGUUACAUAUCCAUUUAGAAACCUAAUAGGACAUAUAUACAUAAGUGAAGAUAACAGCUUAAUUAAAAUAUCAUCGGUAGACUUUUAUGGGAAAAGAAUAGAUAGAAUUAUUAAUGCAGAAGAAUGGAUACCAUUGCUAGAAAUGCAACCAAAAACUAGUGAUGCAUUUUAUUUAUCACCACAAUUGACAGAUGGCACAAAGUAUAAAUUGUUCAUAAAAUUUGGCACUAUUAAGAAUUCCCAGAAAAUGGGUCAAGUUUUAGAAUGAUUAUUUUAUUAUAUGGAGCUCUAACUUGUGGUGCUACUGCUCUUGAUAUUUUAUAUAAAUUACUACACAAACAAUAUAGUAAUGCUGUUAUAGAUGUGUAAAUUGAUCAAAGUUGUAAUCACGAUUUAAUUUUUAUAAUAUUAAUCCUGUAUAAUUAUUUCCUGCAAGAUUUAGCUUCAUAUUUAACUAGUCAACAAAAUAUAUUGGUAGUAAAAAAAC